CAGCCCCCCGCAAUCCCUCGCACACCCAACGCACAACACAUCCGCAAACACCAUGACAACUGCACCCUCCGUCUUCCGCCCCGGGGCCACAGCCCUCAUUACCGGCGCCGCCUCCGGGAUCGGCUUCGCAGCCGCGCAACACUGCCACCAGCAGGGGAUGAACCUGAUCCUGCUGGACAUCGACCCCGCCAAACUGACCGAGGCCGCCAACGCGCUGGACCAGCCCCAAUCCACCAGCAAGAUCCACACCUUCGUCCUCGACGUCUCCAACCAAGAAGCCUGGGAGCGCCUGAAACCCACCAUCCACAACCUCUACCCGGACGGCAUCGACCUCCUUAUGCUCAACGCCGGCCGCCUUGCCCGACCCGCCCCCGGCAAAACCCCCUGGCAGGACCCGAGCUACUUCGAAAGCACCUUCGCAACCAACACCUUCGGCUACACGAACGGGCUAGCCGCCUUCCUGGACAGCGUGACCACGUCUGCCCCCGAGAAAACCCCCCGCGCGAUCAUCCUCACCGGCUCGAAGCAAGGCAUCACCAACCCCCCCGGCAACCCGGCGUACAACGCCUCCAAGAGCGCGGUCAAGACCAUCGCCGAACAUCUCGCGUUCGACCUCCACAGAACCCAUCCGCAGGUCGGCGUGCAUCUGCUCGUGCCCGGCUGGGUGUACACCGGCAUGGUGCAGGCGCAUUUCCCCGCUAAGCCGGCCGGGUGCUGGACGCCUCAGGAGACGGUCGCGUUCAUGGUCCGCAGGAUGGCGGCGGGGAGCUUCUAUAUCAUCUGUCCGGAUAAUGAGGUCAGCGAGGAGCUGGAUAAGAAGCGGAUUGCUUGGGCUUGUGCGGAUAUCGUGCAUGAUCGGCCGGCGUUGACGCGGUGGCGGGACGAUUGGAAGGAGCGGGCGGCUAAGGGGAUUGAGGAGUUGGAUGUGUCGAAGUGAGGGGGAUGAUUUGUGUGUGGAGGUGGAGGUUGGAUGGAUUGGUGUGUAGGGUAUGGAUAGGCUGGGUGACAGUGUUGAGCUAGCUCAAUGUUCUGUUCUAUUGACUUGGUACCCAUUUAUGCAUGCAUACGCAGUCGUAUAGGAAGCUGAUCGUACACUUUCAUUAGUCGGUUAUUAUUAGUCAGCAGGAUUAUGUCCACAAUCGUCAUGCAUAAUUCAAACCCACAGAUCUACAGUGGCGCUACAGUGGCAAAUCCUCAACCCCAGGCGCACUCCACGAAAACACAUCCAUC